AUGAGGAAGAUACUCGCCAUUUGUCUCUGUCUUGCGACCUAUUUACAUACAGGCAGCACCAGCAGUGCCAAUAUAUCAACGACAGCUCCUCCAGUAGACAGUACACGUGUCGACGCGUUCCCGACUACACCAUCCUCACCAUUCAACAUGGACGAAGAGCUGGCCAAGAUUGCCACCUCAUGUCUGACUCAUGCAGAUCACGAGCAACUGUCGGGCAAUUUCAUGAAACACAUCCACGUGGCAGGUUUCAAUUAUCUUUUGAUCACCGAAGCGGUAGAUCUAAUUGCGAAUACUGAAAUGCGCGCUGCUCUUGGUUUUUCUCCCCCUGGACCUUGGACAAAGUAUGAGAAGCCGAGUGCAGACGAGCUCAAAUCCGCCUACACCGUAGAGGAAUACUUUGAUUUGAAGGAACGCAGCAUAAAUAGAAGUCUCGAUAGCUUAUUCUUUUUUGAGAAAAAUUUGCCUCCUGCUGUCGUGUUCUUGGACAACCGCUUUCCGGCUAUUCGCACUAUUUGUAAGCGUAAAUUCCAAGAAGUUCUUCAAGUUAACCUAGGAGGAAAAAUAGACAGAAAACUAGUUGAUGAUAUCAUCUUCGAGUAUAAUAACCACAUUUAUCCUAAAUUCAACGAUGCGAUUUCCAAAAUGCUUCGUGCGAGGGAUGAGUGCUAUGGGAAUAAUGAAAGUCUUUGA